AUGUAUACGUCGGACACAGGAUGCUCGCGUGCUCUCGUGCAGCAGCAGCAGGUCAUGUCCUGCGCGCGUGUCACCUUCAGCGGAAGUGCAACGGUGAGUACGCCGGCUCGACCACCUGAGGCAGGGAUGGGCGGGGAGGCGUGUCCUCACAAGCUGGGAUCCACCAAUCACCUCCGACUUCUGCUCUACAUCCUGAUUCCCACUGUGAGCCUGCUGGCCGCCCUGCUGCUGCUCGUCCUAGCCCUCACUGGGAUAUUUGGCGGCAGUCUCCUGGACUCCAGCCCCCUCCCGUCCCCCGAGCCCAUCGCCGACAGCGACCCCGGUUACCUUGGCAACAGCACAAACCCCCUCCCCACCUUUGAGGUAGAGAGCACCACCUCCUCGCUGGGAAAACAUGGCGGCGGCGAUGAUGACGUCACGCACCACAGCAAGAGCACACCUGCUGCGGCUGCCAGCACUGCCCCGCCUUCCUCAUCUCAGGCCACUCCCACUCUGCCCUUCACAACGCCUCCUGAUUGGUUGACCUCUGUGACAGCGCUAAGCUCCGCCUGGCCCGUUAGCACCACCGCGAACCCUGACUCAGGCGGCUGUCAGCUGAUCGCGGAGCCGCACUGCCACAUGCUGCCCUACAAUCAAACAUGGCUGUUCUCCUCCGUCGCCGUGGUGAAGAGCUCCGAGGUGGAGAUGCUGCUAAGGUUCUUCAGCUACCUCAGCCGGCUCUCCUGCUACAGACACAUCAUGCUGUUCGGCUGCUCGCUGGCGCUGCCCGAGUGCAUCGCCGCCGCCGACGGCUCGCACAACAGACAGGUGGUGCUGCCCUGUGCGUCGUUCUGCGAGGCGGCGAGGGAAGGCUGUGAGCCUGUCCUCCAGAUGUUCAACGCCUCCUGGCCCGACUUCCUGCGCUGCUCUCAGUUUAGCAAUGUCACCUCCACGCCACCGCCACCAACACUGUCAUCAUCAUCAUCCUCAUCGCCAACGGCAACGUCCGCGCCCUCACCGACAGCAGGCCCCGCCCCUUUCACCUGCUACAUGCCGCGACAGACCAAAGGGAAACCAUCUGUGUGCGGCGGGAAUGACCACUUCCUUUGUACGACGGGAAUUUGCGUCCCCCAGAAACUGGUGUGUAACGGCUACAACGACUGUGACGACUGGAGCGACGAAACGCACUGCGUGUGCACAGAGGGAGAGUUUCGCUGUAACACUGGUCGGUGUCUCUCGCCCGCUCUGGUGUGCGACGGUUAUGACGACUGUGGAGACAUGAGUGACGAACUGGACUGUGUGUGUGACCUGGCUCAUGAGCACCGUUGUGGUGACGGGCGUUGUGUGUCCAGAGACUGGUUGUGUGACGGAGACCACGACUGUCUGGACAAGUCCGACGAGCUCAACUGCUCCUGUAAGAGUCAGGGUCUGCUGGAGUGUAAGAACGGUCAGUGUGUUCCGUCUGCGUUUCGUUGUGACGGCGAGGACGACUGUAAAGACGGCAGCGACGAGGAGCACUGCAGCAAAGAGCAGACUCAGGGUGGGUGUGUUCCUGGUCAGCCCAGCUGUAUCUCCACUCCCUGUCCGUCUGUGUGUGUGGGGGGGAGCGCCACCUGUGACCUCCGAAACAACAACUGCACUCGCUGUGAGCCCAUCACCCUGGAGCUGUGCAUGAACCUGCCCUACAACCUGACCAGUUUCCCAAACUACCUGGGUCACCUGUCGCAGAGAGAGAGCUCCGUGUCCUGGGAGUCCUCGCUGUUCCCCGCCCUGGUCCAGACCGGCUGUUACCAGUACCUCAUGUUCUACGCCUGCACGCUGCUCGUGCCCAAGUGCGACCCGGUCAGCCACCAGAAGGUCCCGCCCUGCAGGUCGUUGUGUCGUAACGCAAAGGAGAAGUGUGAGUCGGUGCUUGGCAUUGUGGGUCUGCAGUGGCCCGAGGACUCGGACUGCAGCCAGUUUCCAGAGGAGGGAGGAAACGCCACCUGCCUGCUGCCGGAGGCCGGCGUCCACGAGUGCUCCCCGAGCCACUUCAAGUGCCGGUCUGGUCGCUGCGUCUUGGCGUCCAAACGCUGCGACGGACACCUGGACUGUGAUGACCACAGUGACGAGGACAACUGUGGCUGCUCAGAGCGCGCUUUGUGGGAGUGUCCUGGCAGCAACGUGUGCAUUAAAGCCAGCAUGAUAUGUGAUGGCUUCCCAGACUGCCCCCUGCUGGUGGACGAGGCCAACUGCUCUGUGUGCAGAGACAACGAGCUGUCCUGUAACAACCAUCAGUGUGUCCAUCGCACACUGUGGUGCGACGGGAAGAAACACUGCUCAGACAGUUCAGACGAAUGGGACUGUGUGUCUCUGUCCGAUCGCUCAGGUUCAGUAUUGACGGUGUUCAGGACGGCAGCAGAGUAUCAGGUGUGUGCAGACGAGUGGAACCACGAGCUGAGCAAACUGACCUGUGACCAGCUGGGACUAGGGGUUCCCUCCUCUGUUUCCAUGGUAGCUGACCAACCUGGAGUCCCGGGCCGUCGCCGCUGGUUACACGUCCAUCCUGAGUGGAACCUGAGGAACAGUUCUUCUCUGCAGGCCCGACUGGAGAAGAGAAGUCAUACGUGUCAUUCCAGGAGGAGAGUUUCUGUGUUUUGUGACAGAGAAGAGUGUGGGGUUCGUCCCACUGUGGGCGUCCACCCUCACAGGAGGAAGAGGAUCCUGGGAGGACGGGUUGCCCGGCGGGGGGCGUGGCCGUGGCAGUGCUCGCUGCAGAGCGGGCAGAGUGGACACGUGUGCGGCUGCGUCCUCAUUGGCCGGCGGUGGGCUCUGACCGUCGCACACUGCUUCGAGGGGAGGGAGAGCGCCGACCUGUGGAAGGUCGUCCUGGGCCUCAACAACCUGGACCACCCGGGCGUCCACAGCCAGAGCCGGGGGGUGCGCUCCAUCAUCGUACACCCGCGCUACAACCGGGCGGUGGUCGACUACGACAUCAGCGUGGUGCAGCUGGACUCGGAGGUGGAGGAGACGGCGUUUGUCAGGCCGGCGUGUUUGCCUCAGCCCGGGCAGCUGCCGUCACCGGACUCCUACUGUUACAUCUCCGGCUGGGGUCACAUGGGCAACAAGAUGCCCUUUAAGCUGCAGGAGGGGGAGGUCCGGAUCAUCUCUCUCUCUCAGUGUCAGUCUUACUUCGACAUGAAGACCAUCACUCCCCGGAUGCUUUGUGCCGGUUACGAAGCUGGAACCGUCGACUCCUGCAUGGGCGACAGUGGCGGUCCGCUGGUGUGCGCGGAGGAGGCCGGGCGCUGGACGUUGUUCGGCCUGACGUCGUGGGGAAGCGUGUGCUUCAGUAAAGUGCUGGGACCUGGAGUUUACAGCAACGUGACUCACUUCACCCCCUGGAUCCAACAACAGAUCUACAUCCACACAUACCUGACCGACUGA